AAAAAGAAGGCCUCCUUUCAACAUUGUACAGACAGUAUGCAUGAUUGGUGAUGCAGUCCAAUGCGGCAUAUUCUAGAAAAAACACCCGCCGCCACCAGCGAUGAGUUGACAGGUCUUGGCAUCAGAAUUCCUCUUUUCUGUUCAACUAAAUAACGUUAACUUGCCUGGGACGAGAAAGUUAUAGUACUCACAUAUAUAUCUCAGCUAAACAUACUACUUUCCGUCGCUAUUUGAUAUAGACUCGGGAAAUACAGAUUAAAAGAUAAAGAAACCGGGAAUCACAAACCGCAUCCCCCUCCGUUUCUUCCCCCGCUCUCCAUUCCGCCCCUACAUUUUCCACCCAUCCCUCCCGCCCGUCCUGCCCGUCCUGUGCUCUUCCACCCCCUCCACUCAAACCACACACUCACACACAUACACACACAACAAUGGACGCCUCAAUGAACAACCUCUUAAAAUGGAGCAUCGAAAACUCCGUCCCAAAAACCUCCGAUGAUAAUAAUAACCCCCCGCGGGCCCCGCGCGCCCUCUCCCCCACAGCCCUCCAACGCAUCCUCCUAAACGCCCCCUCAGACGCCGAGCUGAUGAAAAACGCCAUGGCCGCCAUCCGCUCCCCCGCCACAUCGCUAGACGACAAGCUGAUCGCCUUCGAUAACUUCGAGCAGCUGGUUGAAAACCUCGAUAACGCGAAUAACCUGGGCGUGCUGGGGCUGUGGGAGCCGUUGGUGGAGGAGUUGGCGGCGGAGGAGGGGGGUAGGCGGAUGAUGGGGGCGUGGUGUAUUGGGACGGCUGUGCAGAAUAAUGUGGGGGCGCAGGGGAUGCUCCUCUCCAAAGCCCCCACAGCUCUCUCGACCCUCUUCGCCCUCUCACAGAACGACCCGGAGACCACCGUGCGACGCAAGGCCGUCUAUGCGCUCUCAUCCGCCAUCCGCAAUCACCAGCCCGCCCUAGAUGAGCUGCUGCGACAUAUACCCGAAGAUGUAAGGAAGGAGUUGGGAGAGGGCUUUGACGCCAGCGACAUGGAUGGUGUGGAUAAGUUGGUUAACUGGUUGAGACGUGCUUUGGCGUAACCAGCAUAGAUAUAUCAGGAUUGGGUUGUUUUUUGCCUCCCCCUCUUGGGAGGUGGUUAUGAGUUUUUUCAUUGGUUGUAUGAUUUUAUGUGCAUGGGUUAGGAUAUAUACAUUGGCGUUUCGCGGGAUAAAAAAAUGGAUAGUUAAAGUUCUUGCUUUCUCUAUUAUAUUUAUUAUAUACGUCCGUCUGUCUAUCAUGACCUACGUGUGGCAUUCAAACAGGGUGUUUGAUCGUAUGAUAAAUGCAUAAUGUCGUAUUGCCGCACCGCUAUCUAGCACGCCAUAAAAUAAAAUAAAAAAUAUGUCAAUUAAGGGAUGGAUUCAUACAUUGAACUAAAGUCCGAGUCAUAAGGAUAAAAUAAUGACAACAAUAACGGGAUAGGAUAAGCG